CACGGUCCCAGAAGGACCGUCUUUCACAGCGAGGGGGAAUGCCCUGGCCUCACGGGUGAACACUGACUGCCGACCGUGGGUCAUCAAGACUGAGUUGCAUUUCUGAGAGUAAGGGAAAGCUCUUCUGAAAUAAUGGAGAGGCUCUUCUGUCAGCUAGUGUUUGUUCUGUGGGUGCUGCCUUUCGACUCAACUGGCCAAGUCACCAUGAGUUCGGCCUCCAGCGACCCGCCCAAGAAUGAGUCACCGAGGUCAACUCUUGGUGAAAGUAGAGCAUCUGUGACAAUGGGACUUGACAAUCUGAAUCAUCCAACAGCUUCUGAGCGGGAGAAUUUUACCACACUGUCUAGUAUGGGAAAUGGAUCUGCUCCUUCCGAAGGGCCAAAAGCCCCAGUGAAAAAGCCAACCACAGCCAAUGACCUCUCAGCAUCAGCUGAGGGCGUGCCCCACCAUCUCGAGACCUCAAUGAUAACUUCACCAAAAAGGAUAAUGCGAAACACAGGGCCAGUGCAGGGUGAACUCAACACAACGCUCCGAAGUGAUCCUGAAGUACAUAGUGAGACGACAGGAAACUUGACGAUGUCAGUCAGUCCCACAGACCAGCCUGAUCCCAAGGUCAGCCCUGGAGCCCAUGAGAAGUUGACUCCACCAAGGCUCGCCCAGACAUCCUUGGAAGAACAGAGCAACACAACACCCCAACAAGCCCCACAGUCAGUGGUAACCUCGUCAACAGGCCCGCUGACUGUUCAACACACAACAUUGGCGAAACCAGCUGGUUCACUUACAAGAAUGCCAACAACCGCGAUUAACCAAGAGACGAUGGCCCACUCCGGCCAGCCUCCCCCCACAGAAAGCACACCCACCUCAGUGAGCCCCUCACAAGACCACAGAACGUCCACCCACAUGGGCUCCACUCAACCUGCCCCAGAAGUCAAGCCCUCCACGUCCCCAACCUCCACCAUAACGACCUCCAAACACACACUUCCUCCGAAGUCCACUGGGGCGGCGACCGCCACAACCAGCACUGCCAAUGUGACCGUUUCACAGACCCCGCUGACCACAGGGAACCCAGUCCCCACCCCCACCCCGAAGAAACCGUCUGAACCACCGACCACGACAAGCACCACUACGAGGAGGCAGCCGCCACCCGCGACAAAACCAAAAGAGCAGAAGCAGAGCGGGGCAGGGAGGGCGGUGGGCAUCAUCGUGGGCAUGACGCUCAUUCUCAUGCUGUUGGCCAUUGUCUUUAUCCUGCUGAGGAAGCGCCGCACUCAGCGCAGGCAGCUCAACGACCCCACCUGGGCCGGCCCCUCCCCUUUCCUGGACGGUGGAGCCCAACCCCAGCUGCCAGCCGGUGAUGAUGAGGGCGGAGACCUGCUCAAGGACUCCAAGCGCAUCUCGCUGGUUGGCAUCCUGCCCCGGCGCCUCUCCAAGCGCCUCUCUCUCCUCAAGGAGUCAGACGAGGAGGUCCUCAUGGGGGAAAUCCCUUCAGGAAGCACUUUUGGCCGGGUCCAGGACGAGGAGAUCAAAUCCGGCAACGGGAGCCUGCUGGAGCAGGGCCAGAACAAAAACCAGAACCAGAACCCAGGCAACGAUAACACCAAAGGGGGCGCUGUGGAGGGCAGCAUGGCCCCAGCCGCACCUGCCCCACUGGAAGACGUCAGCCUGGGACUGCCCCCUGCUGAAGUUGUAACCACGCCCCCACCCCCCCAACUGGACGAGCAGCACCCUGCCCCUCCUCUUGUGUUGUUGGAUGUUGACCUCGGUCCUCCGGCUGGCGAGACAGCUGUCCCCCCUCCCCCACCAUGUGAGGACUCCUUUGUGGCCCCACCUGCCCCACCUCUACCUUCCUCUGCAUCAUAACACAGAUAAUCAACAGCUCCAGCAGCCAACCACUCUCACUAAAAUACCACAACACAACUGAUAAAUAUUAGCACUCAGCCACCAGUGGUACACCCACCCUGUACUGACUGCUUACAACAUUACGCUUCACUCUGUGCUCAAAGACCAGGGACUCUGCAUCAUGGUGUAACAGUGUUUUUAGUGCAAUUAAAUUAGUACAAGUCUGUUUUGUGGGGAUUAGCUUGUUUGCUUGCCAUUUGCUUUUGAUGAAGUGAAACUGGAUGAGGGGAAAACAACAAUAAAAGCUUUGCUUCCAAAUCAAUAAUUGCAAUUCUACGAUAUGACCAUUAAAUGCAUAAAUACAUGAAAAAUACAUGGACAAAUACAAAAUAAA